AUGACUUCCCUACGGCGACACUCGCGUGGUGCCGACAAUAUUGAACUCUCCAAUUCCACUGCCAACCUCUUUAUGGGUGCGGGGGCCCGGAAGAACUGGAUGCUUGCUCAGUCUUCAACUUCAACUUCACCUUCACCUUCUCUCCCGACAGCCUCAGGGCACGCGAUGCGUCCCACACUGCCCACAACUUCUGCUAUCCCUCGGCCUGAUUCUAAUUCUCAUCCUAACUCUAAUUCCGCUCCGGAUGCCAACAAACAUGCUCAUCCUCAACAGCCCGCUCUUGAUCCUGCAAGCGCGUUGAUGUCGCCCGUUACUCCGGGCGCAAAUCUGCCCGCUCCCUUGCAGGAUGCCACACAUCACCAACCUCAACCACUACCCCAAUCAGAUAUUCCACCACCCAGCCUCCCCUCACCCGUCCUAAGCGCGAGCUCUCACGCCAGCCCCGAUAUCCCUCACCCGCCGGCUACAGGAACAACCCUGUCCGACAACGACCAGAAUGAGCACGCGAGCGAGAACGAGAACGAGAAUGAAAAUGAAAAUGAGACCUCCAGGCCACACCAACAACUCGACAUUACACCUCUCGCCCAACCCUCUCCCAUAGCGACAUCCACCCCGACAAAUACAAAUGUGCAAUCCAAUGCACAGUUUCCUCCUGCGCCUCGACAGGAGCCGAUGGUUGCAAGUCACCACCAACCUCAAAAUACCGCCCGCGAUCUUACCCAAAGCCAUGUAAUGUGGCUGGGAUGGCAGCCUGGGUUGAAUACUCUUCUGGAAAUCGGUCAAAAAUCAACAGCGGCAGUGAAUGCAAGGGCAAUGCUGCUGCAAAAGGCCUUCCAAUACCGGGAUCACUUCUACCUCGUGUUGCACCAGGUACACUGCCGAUGGGCUGUCUCUGGAUAUCAAGAUUUCCCAGAAUUUCAAUCACCAGCCAUUCGACAAGGAUUUAGGAAACUGAACGAGCUUCUGACGGAUAACGCACUAAUACCCCAUGAUGUCAUGUCCAGAUUUGUCGCCUUUCCGCGAAAAUAUGAGGAUCUAAAGGACGCAGAUUGGUAUCGCAUGGACUUUGGAUUGUUAAACAACCUACUCCCACGCCUCCCAAGUCACUUUGUACACCUUGUGGACCGAAUUAAUAGAGGUUACUAUCAUGCUCGCCGUUAUCCACCGCUCAUAGUUGAGAUGAGGGCGGAUUUGCAACUUACAUCACCAGUCCUAUUGAGCGUGAUCUUUACAUCGACAUGUCGACAUAUCUAUCCGGACGAGUAUCUUCCACUUCUGCAGGGGCUGUUUGAAAAAGAUCUUGCGACGAAUCAUGCCGAUUCCGAGAAAUUCAGACAUGUCUUGAUCCAAAAUUUUCAACGCAUUCCUAUGAAGCCGUUUGACUCAGCGCCACAAUUCCAACCUGCGCCACGAGCCCGGCCACCAAGAACCUCAACGUCUCCGUUUCCCGUUUUACCCAGUCAAAUGAACCUUUCCACGACACCUCAAAAUUCAACAGCCGCCAGUGUGCCUCAGAAUCAUCAGCCGCCAACUGUCCUAUCUAGGAGGCCCUCGUAUGCGUCGCCAACCACUAUAGGGAGUCCCCAAAUGUGGCAGGCACCCUCAGGACAGAUGCAACAACCGACGCAGAUGCAAAAGCCAGAGUCCAUGCACUACUCUAACGGACAGUCCCGGUCUGGUCCCAUGCAGCAGCUUGUAAAUAUGCCAACACAAGCCCAAUCUGUCUCACCUCUGCCACAAAAUCCCCAUUCCCUUCAGCUGCAUAAUGGGCAAAUUAGGCAGAACCAUCAGUCCCAAAUGGGCCAGGGUCCCCAGGCGCACCAUGCAAUUCAGGCCCAGCGAGUUGCCUCCGUCCCGAAUUUGUCCUACCCGCAACAUGGUGUCCCACACGCGCCUUUUCUCACGUCUCAGCCACAAGCACACUCUACUGCACCACAUCAGCCUCAUAUGCAGUUCAACUCCAAUAAUCCGCAGCAGAUGAGCUCGAUGGGUCGCCCUCAGCUACAAUCGCCUAUCCAACCGUACCAUGGUAGCCACGGCUCGCCACAAAUCCCCCAUUCCCAACAAGUUCGACAGCAGAGAGUAGCAUCUGUACCGACAGUUAACACGCCCACGGUGCCUUUCGUCCCACCUCCUUCAUCCCGGCAGCCAUCCACUUCUUUACUUCCACCUUUGGGAUAUAGAGUGCCGCAGUUGGUGCAGCCGAACCCGAUGCGGUUAAGCCUACAUCAGGUGGAUCUUCGUGACCCGAUCAAGAAACUGGUCCAUUGGGACUCCAGCGUGAUGGUUGAGAAAGAAUUGUUCUUUUAUAUGAAUGGCUUUGCCAUCCCACCAAAGUUCAUGGACUUGGAAGAAACGUCCUGCAACUGGAGCUUCCAAGUGUCAGCAACGGAUCUGCUGAGAGCCACACGCCUUGUAAAUGGCAAAUCAGGGAAACGACCGACCGCUUGGUAUCAAGAAGGUAGCCUAUCUCUUCGCUUACGAUCGAUUGCACUGGGGAACCUUGAGAAAGACAAAGUUUAUGACACAUGGCCCACUGCAAAUACCGCUUGGCCUAGUGUGUUUUACAUCCAUGUCAACGGUACGGAGCUCUUUGUCCGCCGCAAGACCCACAAUGGCAAGGACCUUCCAUUGGAUAUUACUCAACAUCUCAAAGAAGGCGAGAAUACCCUCUCGCUUCACUUUCUUUUGGAGCCUGGCGAAUCCAAGAAAUACCGCUAUGUGUUCGGAAUUGAGCGUAUGGAAACCCACGGGUUCGACAAAGUGCGACAACAAGCGUGCUCCUCACCUGCCAGAGGUACCCUCCAGAAAAUCCAAAAACGCCUAUGUCCAAUAGCAGGCGACGACGACGAGUUAGCUGUUGUGUCUGAUAGACUGACUGUCAGUCUGAUUGACCCAUUCAUGGCCCAAAUCUACAACAUCCCCGCUCGUUCCGUGCACUGCGACCAUUUGGAAUGUUUCGACAUCGACACAUUCAUAAACACACGGAAAUCAGAGUCAGGGCCCGCGCCAAUGAAUGACAAUUGGCAGUGUCCGAUAUGUAAAGCAGAUGCUCGCCCAAUGCACCUGAUCAUUGACGAAUAUUUUGUCGAUGUUCGCGAGAAGCUCAUCUCUAGUAACAAACUAGAGGGCACCAUAGCGAUCGAUGUUCGAGCUGAUGGAUCUUGGACUACAAAGGUCGUCAGCGACGAGCAUUCCGACAGGCAUGCCUCCGACACAGCGUCAGCUAAACGUAAAGCCACUAGUCCCCUGGACCGGGAAGCUUCGCGCGCCAAGCAGGAACUCUCACCCCCAAUCGGGAAUACGGAGCACACAGUCAUUGAAAUAGACUAA